UCUCAGUUUGAAUUCGGUGUGGUUACCAAUAAGCGCUAGUUGCCUCUGUAGAAUUCUAUUUUAAAUAAAAAUUCUUUUUAUGGAUGUGCUUUACCAUAAAAAAGAAAAAAAAUAAAAUCAUUUGUCGAUAUGAGUAGUGCUCGUGUCAUUGGUUUUGAUUUAAGCUGAUUUUGGAAAGUUGUCGCAAUAAAAGUAGAUGAAGUAGAAUAUCGUGAUUCCAAAAACAAUGCUGAUUUAAAGAAGUAUUUUCGGUUUGCUCGGUUGUUUUAGAAAAAUUCCCAAAAAUUUUUAAAAAAUCAAUAAAACUGGUUGAAGCCAACGACAACAGAGAGCAAGUCUUGAUAACCAUUUGCAGGGAGUUUGGUGCAAAUCAAAGAGUUAUUGAAAUAUGUCAGCCGUAUUUCAAGGGAAAUUGGCAGAAAAUUUAGAUUUUGGUCAUAUACUGGAAAUUGGCGGUCAGGCUGAGGAAGAUGGUUCAUGGUUCAGCAUAUCGCUGGCCACUGGCAGAUUUCAUGAACGUGAUGAUAUUGACAUUGGUCUACACAUUUUAAUCAGCCCCAAUCGGGAUACCAUUGUGAUAAAGCAACAAAUCAAUGACACCUGGUCAGAGGUGCACAAAGACAAUGAAUAUGAGGCCGAGGUAUUUUUGAAGCCCUUCAAGUUUAUUCUCAUUAUGGAUGAGAGCAAAUUUCAUAUCGGCGUCAAUGGAGACCCCUUUAUGUUUGUACGCUAUGGCAUACCAGUGCAGGAGAUCAAUACUCUGAAGAUAAAUGGACAUUUGGCGGCCAUUAGUCAGGUGGAUCAUCGGCGAUAUUAUCCCUCGCCUUGGCCCCCUGUACAACUGACCGAGGAUCGUGUGCACUUCAGCCAUGAUAUUCCGGUAUCAUUUCAACCUGGUCAUGUCAUGGUUAUUAUGGUGAAAUUACGUGGUGAUAACAAAGGACGCUUGUUAAUGCAUUUCCGUAAUGCCUGGAAUCCCAAGAGGCAAGAGGUGCAUAUCAGCAUGCGUUUUGACAAGAAAAAAGUCAUAAGAAAUUCGAAAUUGCCCACAAAGAAUAAAAAUGAUAUAGCGGAAAAAAUGGUCUUUGGCUCCGAGGAAUCCAAAGGCCACUUUCCUUUUGAUGAUUUUUCGCCUCCUUUCAAAAUUGCUGUUGCUUUCACCGAAACCCAUUACAGAAUGGCCAAAGAUGGUCAAUUUCUAUUCGAUUAUGCUUUCCGUACGCCCAAUGUCUUGUCCGAUAUUGUGGGAGUGAAGAUAUUUGGCAUUGAUGGCAUUGUGGUGCGUGUCAGUUCUAUAGAUCAUUUCCGUUUGGAUGAUCCCAACUGUGAGGGAUUUGAAAAGUAUUCGGAAAAGAAAUUUUAA